AUGAGCAGCGGGAAGAGUCCUUCAGGGGAACCAGACCCAGAGACGUCUAAACCAGCAAGACGACACCACUGCUCCCAGUGUGGAAAGAGUUUUUCUAGGUUAGGAAGCCUGAAAUCACACGAAAGAAUACACACAGGAGAGAAGCCUUACCACUGCACUCAAUGUGGAAAUAGAUUUACCUCUUUAGGGACCCUGAAAGAUCAUGUAAGAAAACAUACAGGAGAGAAGCCCCACCAAUGCUCCCAGUGUGAAAAGAGUUUCCCCCGGUUAUGGGACCUGAAAUCACAUGAGAGGACACAUACAGGAGAGAAGCCUUACCCCUGCUCCCAGUGUGGAAAGAGUUUUUCCACAUCAGGGUCCCUGAAAAACCAUGAGCAAACACAUUCCGUAGAAAAGAUUUUCUGCUGUUCACAUUGUGAAAAGAGUUUUAGGAAUUUACAGUACUUGAAAAGGCAUGAGAAAAGACAUACACGGGAGAAGACAUUUCACUGCUCCCACUGUGGAAUUAAAUUUACCUUGUUUCAGCAACUGAAAAAGCAUGAAAGAAUCCACAGUGGAGAGAAACGUUAUGAAUGCUCCCAGUGUGGGAAGAUAUUUACCCAGUUAGGGCACCUGAAAGACCAUGAGGUAACACACACAGGGGAGAAGCCUUACCACUGCUCACAGUGUGGAAAGGAAUAUAACACAUCAAAUGGACUUAAAGUUCAUGAGAGAACACACAUACUGCUCCCACACUUGUCUCAUAUUUUUGACUGAGAAAUUGUGCUUUUGUUUAUUCCACAUGAAAUAAAAUUGUAUAAAGCGCAUUCCAAAAUACAUUUUUAAGUUUUUUAUUUAAACACAUGAACUGAAUAUGGAGUAUGUCAGUUUGAAAGUAGAGUUUGUAUGUUUGAAUGUAGAUGCUCUGUGAUUUAAAUGAUCAUUUUCAAACUCUGGCUGUGUUUUCUUUCUUGGUGUGUUUAUAUCUGUGUGUGUCAUUCCUCCAGCACUACACAUAAUCAAGUGAUAUAUGCUAUUUUCUCCAUUGUUGAUAUUUGCUUUGGUGGCUCACUCUGACAUUUGUAUCUAAUAGAGUGUGGCUUUAAAGGGGCAUAUGGAGUUGCCCCCCCAUAAUCUCUGAACAUAGUAUUCCCUUAAAGUCACACUCUGUAAGAUGUGAACAUAGUUUUCCCUUAAAGUCACACUCUGUAAGAUGUGAACAUAGUUUUCCCUUAAAGUCAUACUCUGUAAGAUGUGAACAUAGUUUUCCCUUAAAGUCACACUCUGUAAGAUGUGAACAUAGUUUUCCCUUAAAGUCAUACUCUGUAAGAUGUGAACAUAGUUUUCCCUUAA